AUGGAGAAUUUAAGUAAUCCUAACAAAAAAACCAAAAAGUGUGUCAUAACAAAUUAUUUCACUCAAGUUACCGACGUUAGAGGUGCUAGCAGUGAAAUUGUUACUCAAACUCAUCCUGUUUCUGAGUUAUCUAGUGCUCAAAACACCGAUCGAAAUCAAGUUAUUGAACCUCGAAAUAAUGAUGUUUCAUUAUUUGUAAACUGCAGUUUGACUGAUGAGGAAAAACACUUAGUGUUCGAAACUCAGCGUCAUUGCGUGUAUACCCGGCUUGACCAGCCGUACCGGGUGCGCGCGCCGGUGGCGCAUAAACGCCGAUACGAGCCGCCGCCGUUGAGUGCAAGUUGCGCGCUCACGCAACCGGUCUAUUACUUUUAG